GUCAAACAUGAAGAUACUGAGGAACAAACAGACCUGAUGGCGCUGAAAGAAGAGAGUCAAGAAUUGAAUGAAAUGGAAGAGAAAUAUCAUGAUUUCAUAACUGUUGAAAAAUCUUUUAAUUGCUCAAAGACACUUAGAAAUUAUUUCACCACCUGCUUUCAGUGUGGAAAGAGUUUUGAUCAACAAGGAAGCCUUGAAGUUCACAUGAGAACUCACACUGCAGAUAAGACUUUCACCUGCCAACAGUGUGGAAUAAGUUUCACUACAAAAGGAAGCCUUAAAAUCCACAAGCGAAUUCACACUGGAGAGAAGCCUUACACCUGCCAACAAUGUGGUAAAAGUUUCACUCAAAAAGGAAGCCUUGAGAGCCACAUGAGAACUCACAGUGGACAGAAGCCUUUUAAAUGCCUUCAGUGUGAACAGAGUUUUACACAUAAGCCAACCCUUAAUGCUCACAUUAGAAUUCACUCGGGAGAGAAGCCUUACACCUGCAAACUGUGUGGAAUACGUUUCAUCCGAAAAGGAAACCUUAAGGUUCACAUGAGAAUUCACACUAGAGAGAACCUCUACACCUGCCAAGAAUGUGGAAAAAGUUUCAUUCAAAAAGGAAGUCUUAAAAUUCACAUGAGAAUUCACACUAGAGAGAACCUCUACACCUGCCAAGAAUGUGGAAAAAGUUUCAUUCAAAAAGGAAGCCUUAAAAGCCACAUGAGAACUCACACUGGAGAGAGGCCUUGUACCUGCCCUCAGUGUGGACAGAGUUUUACACACAAACCAACCCUUAAUGCCCACAUGAGAACUCACACUGGAGAGAAGUCCUUCACCUGUGAUCAGUGUGGAAAGAGUUUCAGAUCUAAAAUAUCCCUUUAUAACCACGUGAGGGUUCACUUGAGAGAGAACUGUUUUUUAUGUCAUCAGUGUGGAAUGAGCUUCACAGACAGGAAACUUCUCAAGAAUCAUGUAAAAAUUCACAUCGGAGAGAAGCCUUUUAUGUGCCAUCACUGUGGAAAGACUUGCACAAACAAAACAUUCCUUGGGGUUCACAUGAGAAUUCACACGGGAGAGAAGCCUUUUACAUGUCUUCAGUGUGAGAAGAGUUUCAUGUAUCAAAGAGAUCUAAAUCGUCAUUUGCAAACUCAUUCUGGAAAGAAACUGUAGUGUUCCUCAGUGGGGCAAGAGGUUUAGCAGUUUCAGAUUGCUUACUGCGUCACUCUGGAUGAAGGCAACUUCGUGUGAUCAGUGUAAUAAAAAAUCUUUUGACGUCAA